AUGACAUGCUACUCAUGUAGUGCUAUAGGCCAUCGUCAGAGAGAAUGCCCUCGAUCUAAACCUGAGGAAAGUAAGGCUUCUGUUCGCCGACCUUCUACUAGUGGUGCUCCUCGUCAAAAGGAGGAGGUACCACGCGUCCAGGCCAGAGCUUUUCAAAUCACUACUGAGGAAGCUCGAGAUAAACCGGAUGUGGUUAUGGGUAUAUUUCUCGUUAAUUCUCAUCCCGCUCGUAUCUUAUUUGAUUCUGAUGCUCCUGUUCUAGCUUUACUAGAAGGUAGUGACGACUUGGUAGUUUACAGCGAUCCUUCUAAACUAGGUCUCGGUUCUGUUCUUAUGCAGCGAGGCAACGUUAAAGCUGAACACCAAAAAUCUUAUGGUAGCCUUCAACCUCUCGAUAUACCGGUGUGGAAAUGGGAGGGACUUACAAUGGAUUUCGUUACAAAGCUACCGAAGACGUCUCGUCAGCACGACAGCAUCUGGGUUGUCGUGGACCGUUUAACCAAAAGUGCUCACUUUCUGCCUGUAAUUUUUGAUCGAGAUUCUCGAUUUACUUCGAAAUUUUGGGCCAAUUUACAACGAGAACUAGGGACACACGUGGCAUUCAGCACAAGCUAUCAUCCUCAAACUGAUGGCCAGUCCGAACGCACGAUACAGACGUUAGAAGAUAUGUUGCGUGUGUGUAUCCUUGAGUUUGGUGGUAGUUGGGAUAUGCAUCUACCAUUGGUUGAAUUUUCAUACAACAACAACUCUCACUCGACUAUCGGUAUGGCGCCUUUUGAGGCUUUAUAUGGUCGUAAAUGUCGAACUACACUGUGUUGGCGUGAGACGGGUGAGAAAGUGCUUGCUAGACCCGAAAUGAUUCAAAUUACGCAUGAUAAGAUUCAAGUUAUUCGAGAAAGGAUGAAAGCCGCUCAGGACAGACAGAAGUCGUACGCCAAUAAUCGUCGACGACCAAUUGAAUUCACCGUCAGCGACAUGGUUAUGUUGAAAGUUUCCCCUUGGAAGGGUAUUCUACGAUUUGGUAAGCAAGAAGAGCUGUCUGGUAUUCACGAUGUAUUUCAUGUUGGAUAUCUUCGAAAGUGUUUGGGUAAGUAUGAUGAAACAAUUCCCUUAGUUGAGGUGAAGAUUGACAAACGACUGAGAUAUAUCAAGGAACCAAAAGAAAUUCUAAAUGAAAGAACGGCAAAUCUUCGAAACAAGACAAUUGAUUUGGUAUUAGUGAAAUGGAAGCAUCAUCGUGGUCCGAAUUGCAUGUGGGAGAACAAAGAACAGAUGUUUGCCAAAUAUCCCAAGCUAUUCGAGAAAUGA